CCUAGUAGGCAACAGGAUGUUUUUCAAAGUUUUUCGAAGUCAGUCUCAACAUUUCUCUAAACGUAGUCGACAUCUAAUCCUCUCCAGUGUAGUGAAAAAAUAAUUUCAAUUAAAACUAAAACAAAAUGAUAGACAGCGAUAUUAUUGACGCCAUCAGCGUGAAUCCGGUGGGCCGGGCCAUUAUCUAUACGGGUGCAACAAUUCUGCGUGGUCUUGGGCUACGCCCAAAGAUCAUAGUGCCCCAGGAGAUGAUGGUGCCGCCAGUGGUGGUCCAUGAUGUGGUGCCGGCCAGCGUCGUGGUUGACUGUCUCGACCUGAUGGUCGCCCACAAAUACAAAUUUGAGAUCCUGGCUGGUAUAUCCGCCGCCGUGGCCCUACUCAUGGCCUCUGUCUGCAAGUAUAUGGUGCGGGAUAUGAGUCCGAAAGACCAGCUGCAGGCCCAGGAAUAUGCUGAUUGCGCUAGCCACCUACAUUUAAUUAGCUCCUUCGGCAUAAUGAUCAUUCCGUUUGCCCAUUUCCCAGUAAUGACCGGCACACUGAUGAUCAGCGGAACGGCUCUAUUCAGCGGUUCGAUGUACUAUUGCGCCUUCACAGGAGAGCGGCGCAUCAGGUCGAUUGUCAUCGUUGGUGGCAUCCUAAUGGUUGCCGGCUGGAUCUCGCUGAUAACUUAGGAUCAACACAACAAAAGUCUUUGUUUUGUUCUUAGUAUGUAUCUUUUCAAUAUUCAGUUAGAAAAAAAUCAACGAAAACCCAUUCACUGCUAGUAUCAUAUGUAUCUUCCAUUAAUCUACCGAAAAAGGAAAUAAAAAUGCCAAAAAAAUCCCUGCGGUUUAAAGGAGCUACAUCCCUGCAGCUAAUGGAAGAUACAAUGUGUGGUUCUUGCAGUUCCAAAACACUUCAUUGCGGCCUAAUAAAAUUCAUACAACAAAUUUAUAAUGUUACAAGCCAAUAUAGUA